ACUGCUGUCUGCCAGUACUGUACUGUGCUGGAGAUGCCAAGAUGGCUGCAAGCAACUAUUUCGGCUUCACACAUGGUGCCGGUCCGCAGUACAGGUAAUUCGUGCGAUGAGGGUUGAUGUCAGCGUGUCUUUUGCGUCCCAUGUUUCAGUAGCUGGCGCAUUUUGGCGGAGACAUAGUCGCCGGAGCGGUUUCACUGCGUAGCCUGUUAGUUAGCUAACGAUGUGUUAGCUGUGGUUAGCUAGCGGAGCCCGCAGGCCGACGCUCUCCGCCGACACGCUGAUUGACGUUAGGUCUCCCUGGUGCAGUGAUAAGCGGGUGGUAAACUGAAAUAAUAGUCCAGAGUUUGAAGACACGGUGACCUCAACGUAACCAAACAGUGACCAUUGAAAGUGUCGUUCAGUUAUAGAAUAUAUGUGGCUGGUGUGAUGGGUGAGAAUUUGGCCAGCAGCCCUGAUAUAGCUUGAGGUCUGGGGUCUGACAGUCAGUGCAUCAGAUGUGUAUGUACGAUACCAACUACAUAUUAUAAUAGAAGUGUGAUUUGCAUGCUAGUGUGAGCACAGGGAAUGAGGCUGUCAUUGAAAAUCUUACACAGGUUGGAAUUCAUGACAGGUAUGACAGGUUAUAAUUGCUACUUGGACAGGUCACGAGCAUAAUUAGCAUGAAUGGUGUUGGUUAUUAUCAAUAUAAUGAUCAUUGAUGCGGUUAGUGAUAUUAAAAGAUUGUCUAUUGUUUUGUUAUGUUAUGUUGGCAAGCCAACAAUCCUGACAAACAGGAGUGGGCAGUUUUCUCGGCGCCACACAUUUCUCUCUAUAUAUUCCUUUUCAUGCUUACAUCUUUGUGCACACUUUCCACACAUUAGUUUAUUUUUUUCUCUUUGAGCUUGUUGCAUUACAAAUUUUUGAUUUGAUGAAAGAUUUGGGUGAAAUUCUGCGGCCAUAUUAGUGUCAAUAACCUUCAUGUUGCUGUAUUUCAGGACUUGAAAAAAGUGGAAACUGGUUAUUAACAAAGAAUCAAGCAUGAAGGGCUUAUCUUGAAAUUCUGUACAUGUGUGAGAAAUAAUUUAGAGCAGAUCAGUCAGAGUAGGUUUGCUGCAAAAUUACCCUAUGAUGACAACAACAAGAGACUGUUUUUGGUGACUCCAUGUUGCUCUAAAUCAGUUUCUUUACAGGCGCAGACUCAGGAGUUGUGUAGAACCACCUCAGCUCCUGUCCUAACCUGCUAAGUUGCUUAAAUCCUUAAGUUUUCAACCAGCGAGAAUUUGAAACAACAAAGAUCCUCUAAUCAUAGCCAUUGAUUUGUCCACAAAUUUUGAGCUUUUGAUAGAGAUUCUGUAAUUGUCUUUUCACAUAAAUGUUCAAGUCAGAAACUGCUGCAGGGGCAAAUCUCUCAGAUAAGCCAUUGAUUUCUUUUUCAGCUGAUGCAAAAAAUGAGAGAGCACGUUGGCGGAAGAUUGAUACAUAAUGCAGCUAUCAGACCCUCUUUUUCUGCACUUGAUAAUAUGACGUUUUUUAAUAAUAUUAACAUAAUCAUAAGUUAGAAUAAAUAAAAGGUAAAUAUUUGGGUGAGCAUGUAUGUUUCUAUUAUUUCAUGCACAUUACAAUGUAUUAUACAUGGUUGUUUUAGCCAGUAAUGUGCGUUAGGGACAUGGAUUUUUAAUUCAUUUAAACAAGUACACUAAAUUACCUUUCAGAGUGGAUUUAUGUCAGAAGAAGCACAGAAUUUUUUUAGUAUUUAUUAGGUUUUACAUUUGUUGACAUGAAACAACAAAGAUAGCAGAUAGUAACAGUGUUUGUUCAUUCAGAGCUCAAAAAUCCAGUUUCAGAAUAUCUAUCAAUGACGCAUUCUGAGGGCAGAUUUGUAGGGAAGCAUGGCUCAGAGCAGACAGCAUAGUGUUCAGCCAAAUUUGAUAUUUUUUUUCCUGUUUCUGUGAAAUAUCUUGACUACCAUGAUAUCAAGAGCAUUAAGGAUGAGUAACAGCAUAGCAUUAUAUAAAUUCUAGAUCCUGACGGUUCUUGCCCAGAGUUAGAGAUUAUUAAAAUACAUACAUUUGCAUUACAAUUUAACCUCAAAAAAGGUAAUGCAGAGACUUCGAUCUUGUUAAAAUAGGUUUUUUCCAAAUCCCCUCUUGUUGGUUCCUUUAUCUGCUGAGCUGAGUUUCCACUGAAGGAGCUUUUGCCACUUCACCAGGCACGAGGGACUUUCAGAGGUACUUAAGUUGUAUCUACUGCUGGGAACAAGGUCUGAAAAAGGGGAUUUUAAUUAGAUUCUCAAAAGGUCCGUGCGACUGGGACAGGACCUAAGAUGCUCAGAUUAAAGUUGUUGCUGUCCGUUUCACCACAACACCAUUCGGCUUGGCGUUCGAGAGGGGGAAUAGUUAGAGUAAGAAGUUAUAAUGCUUCCUUGCAGUUGUUGUGUUGCUGCCUUACAGUUACACCUUCAGUAUUAUCAAAUUACCCAGUUGUAGUCUGAGAUCUUAGUAUUACAAAAACAAAAGAGGAUACCUUCAAACAAACAAUAAAGUGCUACAUUCAUACACCUUUAGUUUGUCUGACUGGCUCCACUGUAUACACAAUCUCAGGUUUUCUCUCUGUAACCACCUUCAGUGUGGGCUCUGCCUCAGAAGGACUUUGUCUCAUCUUCAUACCUCCAUACCUUUUACAAAAAUAGUGAGGCUUAACAAGAGUGUAUUAGUCCUGGCUACAGGUGAGGACUGACCGGAGGAACCUUCAUUCCUUUUUAAACAAUCCCAUAAUACUGAAAGUUCUGGGUAGUUUUGGCAGAGAAGCAACUUUUGUCCUCAUGAGAACAUUUUAUAGCUGAUCCUUUUUAUACAGCAUUUUUUUCAGUAUGUUAGGAUCAAACAGGAAUCCGAAUACUCUUGAAGCACUCUGUCCUUUUAUUCAUUCAUGACUGUAAAGCCUUAUUUUGCUCCGUCAUGAUGUUGCUCAUCAAGUUGCUAAAAGCUAAAGAAGAUGCAAAGAGCAUGACUUCCUGAUAUUAUUGACAGUAAUGGAUGCGGUCCAAGUAACAAACCCUGCUGAGCUGUGCAGGGGUUGUCCCUUUUAUCUGUAUGCUAAUGAAAACGGUCUGAUGAUCUUUUUUUAAACAAAUGGUCACACAUGGUUUCACGUAGCCAGUAGUAGCCAGUAUGGUUCAUGCAGUCGUGUGAAACUAAAGAAUUUUAACAAGAUGAGUCAAAGUGUAGGCUGUUGCUUUAGAUGUGAGCCGCCGUAUAUUAAAUGACCUCCCUGACAAAACUGAUUAUUAUGAUUGCAACCCACAUGGAUCCAUUAACCCAAAGUAAACACUCAAGCAGUCUGAACUUUUCUGAACUGUAAUGUGUUUUAUAAAGUUCCUCUGAAAGCAGUUUUGAAGUCAACCUUCUUGCUUCACUCAACUCCUCACUCUCUCUUUUUUCCGUCAGUACUCAGCCGCCCCCAGCCUACUCCCAUCCCUCCACAGCCAGUUACAGCGUCCAGCAGGCUCCAGCUGUGGCUCACGCUGUGACUGCGUCCUAUUCUCCAGCUCCUGUCCAGGCGGCCCGGCCUGUAGUAACUGCCCCUUACCCCGCCUAUCAGAGCCACCAAGCCCCGCCUGACUACGCCUAUAGGCAGCCUGACCCUCCAGCACCCCCACAGCCCACCACCACCCCACAGACGUACCAGGUAUACUCGGACACGGUCAGUCUGCUUUCUGCUUCUCUUAUGAUUUCUGCGUGUUAGUCAGGUUGUUCGAAUGCUUUGUAAUCACUUUUAUUUUGGUCGUUAGAAAGAUUUUUAUCCAGGGCGUUUUGGCAGAUAGCUAUGCAUGUCGUUCCUGCACCAGGAUUUACAGAGAUUUUACCGUUUUAACUACCAAAAUAAAUGCAAUGUAAUGUUAGGAACAUGCUACUCUGGAUUGAGUGUUCUCAUGUAAAUACCAGCAGGACAACUACAGCUACGGGCGACCUGCAGCUGUGACAACCUAUGACAAUAAACAGUACUACCAGACCAGUAUAGCAUCUGCUCAGAGGACACCCACCGAGAAUUACUACCAGACAGGUGAGUCUGCUUACUGUUACCAUGUGAUUUUAUCCAGUUUUUUUCAUUAUUAAGGCUGAGCCAUCACGCAAUGUUGAAGGAGAGGGUUGAUGAUUGAACACGUUACAGUUUUGGGUUAAAAUAUUUGAUAAUCUUCCAAUGUCACUUUCGGCAGCAUACUUACCGAUCUACUUUAGCUGCUAAUGGCUUGAGAGACCCAAAAUCUUGGACCCAAAAACUGUUUGUGAGUCAUGGAUGUAACCUCUUGGUUUCAGACGAGAAGCCCCAUGUAGAUCUAAGUAAAAGCUGCAAUCUCUUCCAUGACCAGCAGGGUUUGCACCGGUAGCUCUGGUUCUGAAGAAAUCCAGUUGUGUGGAAGCAAAUGAAAAAAUAAUCCAGCUCCCCAUUUCUUAAUCAUUUAGAAAAAUAAAAAUGCAUGUCCGUCCUAAACAACAAAUCUGGCCCAUUAAGUUCCUAAGACCAAGACAGUAACAGCCAUAUUGUGAAAAUUAAGCCUUCAAAAUAGAACACAUAAAGACUUCAGUUUUGCUGUAGAUGGAUAAUAAGCAUUGGUGUCAUUCUACUUCAUUCUUCAAGGGGAAGAUAACUUAUGUGGAAGGUUUCUGCAGCUCAUUGGCUCAUGAAAUGAGGAUCCUUUUUCCGUACCCAGACUUCAGACAGAGACAGACAGAUUCCAGGAGAUGUUGAUGGACAUUACAGAUCUCUUUUGCUUCCUACUCAUUUCUCUCCUUCCCCAUUCCUCUCUCUCUUUUCUUCACCCCUUAACCCCUACUGCCCUCCCACCCACAAUUUUGUGUUGCAGUCGGAGUAAAGAGUGCGUACAGUCCUGCCCCUUCCACUGUGUACAGCCAGCCUCCUCCUCCACAGAGGCAGGUAACAGCCCUCAAACCUGUGGUUCCCUCCAGCGCUGUGUCAACCAGCUACAACAUCUACCCAGUGUCCACUAGUGUUCAACAGCCCCCAACGCCCAUUUCUUCUUAUACCCUUGGAUCUUCCUUCGGCUCCACUGUUGCUGCCACCACCUACUCAGGUAACGUGAGCAAAGAGACACCAUGUGACUGAACUUUAUUCAUGCACCAGGAAAUAUGUACCAUGUAACUGCCAAGGCCAUGAAGGCUAGAGAAACAGUUUGAAGCAAAACCUCCUAUCUAUCCUUGAAAUGGUGGUGUGGAAACGUUGUCAUUCAGAGGAAAUGUCGUAAUGACUUUUUACAUCAAUAAAGACUAUGUCCUAUCUGCUGAGCUACAGACAUGGCUAUUUCAUUCAGAUUCAGUAAGGUGAUACUGAUUUCUGUCGUAAUUCCACGUGUGGAUAUCAAACACCUUUGUGUUCAAAAUGAUUCAUUUGUGAAACUUUGAGGAGAGACGUGGUUGAUAUGUCAGUAACAUGUUAGAACGUAUUGAUAUACAGUAAGUUGAUUUUUUGCUGUGUGGGUACAAGCACACAGUAGUUGAUACAUUACUCGCCCACAUUAUUAUAUUGUUCAACACAGGUCCAAGACACUGACACAGUGAAAUGAAAAAAAGUUUCUCUGUGAACUUGCUGACGUUGAGGCUAAAUUUAGGGUGAGUAGGUUAACUACUUAAGCUGGCAGGGUGACCUUUAACAUGCAAGCCAGGUCAGGACCUGCCUCUCAAAACGAUCACAUAAGCUUUUUUAAUUUUAGCUAAUCUCUGGUAACUCUGGGCUCCUUACACUGACAUUUGUUUCAAAUUAUGAAUUUUAUUUUGUUAUUGAAGGAGCAGUGGAUGCUGAGAAAAUGAAGGAGGUCAUAUCAAGUAGCUGAGUCAGGUGUAUACUAACAUUUAUAACUCAUAAGCGUUAAGCCAGGGUAUGUUUUUGUGUCUUUGAUAUUUUUGGAGUGUUCUCUGUCUCUCAGGGAAGCUUAUUGCUUCGUGACUGCUGGCUGUCCAUGUUCGACCCACAUCUUGUUUGCUUUUCUUAUCUCUUAAAGCUCUCUCUCCCUUCUUUUUUCCUCCUCCUUUCACACCCUCAGGCAUAAGUUACUCCACUUAUGAUUCAACGGGCUACACCUCCACAUCCACCCCCUCUUAUUACCAGUCUGCUCAGCAGACUCUCACUCAGCCACAGCCUCCUCCGCAACAGCCACAGCAGCCACAGCAACCUCAGCCCCCCAUCCAGCCCCCACCCAAGCAGCUGACAAGCUCAUCCUGGAGCAAUUCAGGCAGCAACAUGGUGACUGCUCCGUCCGUGAACUCCUACAAAAAGCCAACAUUUCACAUAAACAAGCCGCAGAAGCCCAAAGGACCUCCCAAGCAGCCCCAGCUCCAUUACUGUGACAUCUGCAAAAUCAGCUGUGCAGGCCCCCAGGUAGGAUAAUAUGUUUCUUGUGUUUAAUAAACAAGUUGACAUGAAAGCUUCUGUUUUACUAUCUAGACAGAGAUCACAAUUAAUGUGUCUGACUUCUGAAUACAGGAAAAAUAAUUAUGUCCACUCAAAUGUUACUGAAGUUCAGCUCAUUGUCAUCCUGUGGUAUCUACAUCUUAUCUAAAUUGAGCCCAUCUCAUAGAAAAAUCAAUUAAAAGGGAAAAUAUUCUCAAUCUGUGUUUGAAACUUUCUAAUCUUUUCAUUAUCAUACAUCAGACAUACAGGGAGCACCUGGAAGGCCAGAAGCAUAAGAAAAAAGAGGCAGCACUUAAAUCUGGGGGCCAAGCAGGGACCAGUAAUGGGCCCAGAGGGGUCCAGACUCAGCUACGCUGUGAGUUAUGCGACGUCUCCUGUACUGGAGUGGAUGCCUAUGCGGCACACAUCCGUGGGGCCAAACACCAGAAGGUAAGCCCAGCUGCCGUGCUGUUAUCCUCGAAUCAUUCAGUACUAGUUGUGAUUUAGGGAAUAUAGGCAGCUUUGGAAGCUGCUGACUGGACAUUCUUUCAGUAUUGAACAUGACAGUGGUGUCCUCAUGUGAUGUUUCAUCUCAGCUGCCAAGUCUUGGAACAAUAUCUGCUUCAGGGAUUUAGAACGGGAUUAAGUUUCAGCUGCCUUAGAUGGUUGAAUCUGUCUUUGUGUCUCUUCUUUGAAACGAAAAGGUGGUGAAACUUCACACCAAGCUGGGAAAACCCAUACCGUCAACUGAGCCUGUGCUGGUGAAUUCUGCCCCAGUAGUCACAACCUCAACCGCUGGAAAACCUCCAGUCUCCACGUCCACUCCUGCUGCGGUAUCAACCACUACAACUCCCACUGUGACACCAAAGCAGGCAGCUGUAAACACAGUAAACACAACCAAAACAGCAGCGCCAGUCAAGAAACCAGCUCCUUCAAAAAUAACUAUCAUUUGUAAGUCUGCUGAUCUAUUACUAAUCUUAUAUUCAAGUUUACUUUGUAUCACAGUUAUGCAAAACUUUGCUUUAUAUUCAAAUUGGCAAAAUUCAUCAUUUUUGCUUCUUCUUGUGCAACCAUAAAGACCGUUUUUUUGCAUAAAGCUCACAAUGGGGAAUUUUAGAGCCAGGAUUUUCUUAAUAUUUUAAAGGUUUUCUUAAGGCAACCUCAAGUAUGUAGUACUGCCGAAAACGAGCACUAGAGGGCGCAGUAAAAAUUCAGUGUUAGUCCGAUACAGAGAAUUGAGGAUUGGGACAGGUUUAAGUCGCAACGUUGCUUUUGCUUCAUGACCAAAAUGCUGAAGUUUGAAAUUACUUUAAGAACUAGCAGAACUUUGCCCGGCUCCAAAGACACGAAAUAUUUUCUUCACUAAGGAGUAAAGAAAUCUGAACAAACAGUUUAUUGUAUAAACAAUCAACAACUGCUAGCUGACCUAAAUAAAAACAACAAAAACCUUGUGGAGAUCAAGGAUAACCUAACUAAGGUUAUCAUCAACCUUUGGAAUAGGACUGUUUAUGAAAAAAAUACUAUUGUUUUUCUUUUAAUCUGUUAUAUUUUGUCUUCUGCAUAGCUAACAAGCCUGCCAGCACUCCAGCAGCUGCAGUGACAGCAGCAGCAGCAGCAGCAGCGGUGGUGGCUGCCAAGGUGGAGGAGCCAAUGCAACAAUCGACUCAGAAGAUGGAGCCUCAGAGUGAGGAUGAGGAUGGUGACAGAGCAGGAAGCCAGGGUGACAUCCAGCCGGUGGGACAUGACUAUGUAGAGGAGGUGAGCAGAAAACGGAAGAAAAAGGAUCGCUUUAGUUGACGCAUUGAUGGUUAUAGACUUGAUCACAGCCAACUGAAAUAUUAGAGGACUAGUGUCUCAUGGUAAUUGUGAAAAUUAGAAAACAAAUUGUGGCAAAUAAAGAACUGGAAACGGUUAAAAUGAUUAGUAACAGCUUUAUAUUUAUUUAGAGAUUUCUGUCAUCUAGAAUAGUGUGGUGUGAGAUGUUUAUGUUUUGUGGGUUCUCUAUAAACUGAAUAUCUACUGUCUGAAUUUCUAAGGUCCGUAAUGACGACGGCAAGGUGAUAAGAUUCCACUGUAAACUGUGCGAGUGCAGCUUCAACGAUCCCAAUGCUAAAGACAUGCACCUUAAAGGAAGAAGACACAGACUGCAGUACAAAGUAAGACUUUUUAAACUUCUCUGCGCUGAUCCCUGUCUGAUAAGUUUUCCAGGCUGUAUAACUGAACGCAGCUGAGAUUAACAGUUUUAUUGAUUCACAUUAUCUACAGAUUAUCCCAAAAAGUAGCCACACACUGUGAAUCAUUUCGACUAAAUAGAUUAAAAUGACUCUAAAUUCUGCCUCACUUUGAGCUGGUAAAAAAAACUAUAAAUAUCAGUGAUCACCUGGUGAAGAGAAAGGUUUAAUAUAUGCUGAGUUUUGUGGCUACAAAGUGGCUUUUUGGUUGAGGUGUGCGCAUGGAUCCAUAGACCCCUGUGUAUUGCUGUGAAGUUGGUAUAACUAGAGAGGCAAGCAGUCAGCAACAUUCAUCUCUUGAGGGGGGUGUCUAACUCGGUGUUACAGUGUGUUUGACCCUAACUUAAAUUUAUGCCGGAAUAUCUCUUUAAGCUGAAGUGAUGCCCAGUUGUAUCCCAUGAUUCUAAUGAUAAGUCAAUGGCAGCAGUGAACCAGUAUUUUUUGUUGAAAAUGUAGCUGUGGGCUAGUUGACAUGGAUGUUCAGUUUUAGACUUUAAUCCUCAUAUUUGCUGUGCAGCAGAGAGUGAACAAUCUGGUUUAGAGGGGAUAAAAGUGCAAAUGAAAUGCAAUGUUUUAUUGUGGAAAUUGCUGGUGAAUACAAGGUCUCAUUUGUGCACUGACAUUCAUUACAUUCUUGUUACAUCGCUCUUAAACUCAUGCUGUCCUUCUCUCUGCGUCUCUGUAGAAGAAAGUAAACCCGGAGCUUCCUGUAGAAAUCAAGCCGAGUAAUCGGGCCAGGAAGCUGCAGGAGAGCAAGCUGAAGAAGCAGAAGCAGAAGGCUGUGCUGAAGAGGCAGAGGGACGAUGAGCAGCGCUGGCACAUGGAGAUGAGGUCAGACUGGUGAGCAAAGUAGUAGGGUAAAAGGGGAAAUGGAUUAUAGGGUAAAAGUUAGAUCAGCAACGAGUAAGUUGUAAAGCAGACCAGUUGGCUGUUAGCCUGAAGCUCUAUCCCUGUUUUUGAUAUUCUUCUGACUCUGGAGAAACACAAAUUGUAGUUUCCCCUGCAGCCUAAAGAAAUUCUUAUAUAUUGAACAUUGAUGUGGAUUAUUCUGAAAUUUGAUCAAUUCCUGUAACCCACAACACGAGUCAAGUAGUUCUUGUAAAGGAUUAACAGGAGAGUAGAGUACAAGUUUUGGUUAACUGCUUUUUUAAUGGACUACUUUGCUCUAUUAAUGGCAGCCAUAAAACUACUUUUGAUGAUGGACAUUAAUGGCAUCCCUCUUUCCUGCAGGCGAUACGAGGAGGAUAUGUACUGGAGGAGGAUGGAGGAGGAGCAGAUGUACUGGGGGGAGCAGAGACGGAGGAUGGCGCCUCCACCACUGAUGAGCCGUCCUGGUAUGCCAGUACCCCCUCUACUGGUAAGUCUUGCAACUGCUGUAGUUCAUUUUGUUUCAAAUCUCAGAAAUGAAGAAACAAAACCUAACUCACUGACAUUUCUUUAUUCCCUUCCUCUCUUUUAAGACAUGCGUGCGCCGACCAGACUCCCCUGAUGACCGCCACAUCAUGGCGAAACACUCCACCAUUUACCCAGUUGAAGAAGAGCUGCAGGCUGUACAGAAGAUCGUGUCCCACUCUGAAAGAGCUCUGAAACUGGUGUCAGACUCCUUGCUGGACAAGGAGACACCAGCUGUCCCUGCUGCCACUGAAGGAGGAGAGGAAAAAGGGUAAAGAGGAUCCAUAUUUCUCUCCUGGCAUGCUGGGAAACCAGAAAGAUAAAAGCUUUGGCUUACUGAGCUACACAGAGAAUCAAGGGAGUCAAACCUUUGCAGAGGGUUAUGAUGCAAAUUAAGAUGUUUGCAUGGUGACCACUUAGCUCAAUUUAUGGCUAUUACAAGUAAUAAAUAGCUUCAGCCACCAUCAUGUCAUUCCGAUUUUGUCAAUUAUCCAAAGCGAGUAAGAAAAAUUAAAGUCAAUUUUUUGCACAGUUUGUUUGCUUUUGAGUUAGUGGGCAUUUGUUUAGCUGCCAUAGAUCUGCAUCUAUGAGGUCCUAAUACAUCUGGCAUCAUCUAGAUAGUCAAAGAUUGAGCACCCAAAGCAACACCAGCACCAAAAGUGGGUGGUUUUGCCGUUUGGUAAGCCUAAUUCUCUUAGAGCUGUGUGCCCUUUGGUGUGUAAAUGUUUGUAUCAGAAUAGUACUGACUAAACUGUACCAACUGUCAGGGUGCCCACAGUUUCUGUCUCCUGCACCUCUGCUACUUGAAUGUCACUACCACAGGUGUUCAUCAAGUUACCCAGUGUUGUUUUCGUCAGGCAGGACGAAAACUUAAAUGACGACGUCAGACGUCCUUGACGAAAAUGAGACUAAGAUGAACGUCACCAAAGCUCUGUAAAGACUAAAAUUCGACGAAAAUUGUUUUCAUUUUCGUCAGACGAGAACGAGACGAGACUAAAUUGUUAUCAGGGGGACGAACAAAGUUUCAAAACAUGCUUUUUUUUGUCCUAACAGUCACGCCCCCAUCACACACGCACCAAAAGCCUCGCUCGCGCACAGCUGCACGCACACACUCAUGCACAUACACAGAGCGGCAGGUGGAAGAGGCGCGCACACACACACACCAUGGCGGCAGGCACAGCAGCGGUGCCCGGUGGCCGAAAAAAGAGGGAUGAUUUAUGGUCCUACUUCAGAUACAGUCCAAGUGACAAUAAAACACAAUGUCCUGGACGGGGAGACGAAACAGGCGACAGUUGUGGAGCCACAGCUUCCUCAUGCUGCGGCUUCAAACUAUCGGGAAAGAACACCACGAACCUCAAAAGGCUCCUUUUCGUCGACUAAAACUAGACUAAAACUAUCAAGGAUAGAAAUGACUAAAAUGGGACUAAAACGAAGAAGCAUUUCGUCAAAAUGACUAAAACUAAAACUAAAUCUAAAAUGCCUGCCAAAAACAACACUGAAGUUACCUCAACAGAUCUGCUGAAUUGAUAAUAAAACCAGCGCUUUGUGUGUUAAUCUCGGCCUCUAUUCAUCUUCUGACAGCUCAGAGAACUCAGCCCGGCUGCUAAAAGGCGUGAUGCGGGUGGGAAUUCUGGCCAAAGGCCUGCUGCUCCGCGGGGACAGAAAUGUUGAGCUCAUCCUCCUUACAGCAAAGAAACCCACCAUCUCUUUACUGAAGAGCAUCGCGAAGCAGCUGCCGAAGGAGCUCGAGGUAAGAGAACUCCACUUCUUAACAGAUUGUUGAUGUAGACUCUGGUUGAGGUUGAGGGAUGGAAGAAUGGAGGUAAACUGGAAAUCACAACACUGUGAUUCUAAUAUAUAUUAAAUAUUAGAUUAUCACUGAAUCAUGUGGGCUUGAAUCUGAAAAGACAAGUUUUAACAAAAACCUCAAAAAGGAAGCACAAAGUCUUCAAUUUAAGGAACUGAUUCGUUUAUUAUUGUCUUUUUUAGGGGCAGUAGAUUUUCGAAAAAAAAAGAGGAAACAGUUUUUGACAUCUGCUGCCCUGUGACGUGGGCUUGAUUAGAGGUUUUCACCUUAAAUGCUUUUGUAAUACAAAGAGAUGUGGAGAAAGACACAUGUAAAAAAAAACAUGACCAGACCCCCCUGAUACAUCAGUCCUCCACAGCCUGAAACAACAGUUUGAAGCUAUGGGAGAAAGUGAACUGCCCACCGCCCAAAGAUCAAAAACUGUUUGGAGUUUACUGGCAUUCCUCUUUAAAGCCACAAAGACAGUAAAUGAACAUGAAUAAAGGUUGUGAUGUGUUGUAAUUCCUAACUCUUCCUCCCUCCUGCUUUAGCCGUAAUGAGUGUUUUAUUUAAGGUGCUCUGACUGAUCUUUAGAUUCACUGCCUGGUUAUGACACCUGAAUCCUACAGAGUGAGAUGGGGCUUUCCUCCUUUAAUUGCCCCAAUGCUUUCCUUAUAACAACAAUUCAAAAGACAUCAUGAUUCAUUACAUAUUACACAUUUACCUCGAUGUCCCAACCCUGUUUAAAAUAAAGGAACUGCUUAAAAAAAAACUUACACAAUCCAGGUUGAAAAGAAAAAGAGUAAUGCCCUACUACUAUGCCAAACAAGGCUAGUCUUUGCCCACACACCCCUCCUCCUCUGUAGUGAGUAAUCCCAAGUGUCCUUUUAACCGGCAGACUUUUUCUGAAGAUCAGUAUGAGGUGCAGGCUCACCCCGAGGAGGCGAACAUCGUGAUAUUUUCAAGCAAGGAGCCCAAAAUGCAGGUGACCAUUUCUCUCACCUCGCCGCUGAUGAGGGAGGACACUGCUGCUGAGAAGGACAAGCAGGCAGGAGGAAAAGCGGCUGAGAAAGGUUAGAGAAGCCAAAGCUUUCAGUACCAGACAACAAAGUAUAAAUGUGUAAACACUUAUAUACAAAUAUAUAUAUAUAUACCCCCCUGCUCCACCCUGCCGCCAAGUAACAGCCUAAAUUUUAGGCUGAAAAGCUCAUAAAACAAGAAGGUGGGACUUGUAACGAAGCCCACCGAAACAUUUUCUUUUUUUUACCCCCUCUCCCACAAUAAAAGUUAACUCACUCAUUCAUUUGUCCCCCUCUUUUUCAUUUCCCCCAUUUUCUGCAGUUACGCUAGACCCUGAUUUCUUUAUUUCUUUUUCCACAACAUGGGAAUCAAAAGCCGGGCUCUCCGACCUUUCUGUGCCACUAGGGUGUGUGUUUAUCUGCUAAACACAUGCUCAGAUCAAACCUUUGGGAAACUUUGAUAAUCAACAGAAAUGAUGAUCCGUGUUCAGAUAAUGUCCAGGGAUGAACCUGCUUCAAAUGUUGACACUGUGUCUACAUAUUUUUAGACAGGAGGAAAGCUUCUCCUCUUUUUGCUCUUUGGCCGAGUAACCUGAGCGGAUUUUGAGGUCCAAAGACUUCCCAUCCCCUCGUCUCUCAUCCCUGCAUCAUUAUGUGGCAUUAUCAAUGAUGAGGUGUUGGAGUGUCGUUUUAUUGCCUCACAAUGAUCAUUAUCAGAAUAUUAACCAUGACUCCCCUGCUAUUGAACAGUGAGGGUAAUUUCUGAGAUGAUUGUGUUGCAAACACUCCUCCACCUGCUCCAGUGACUGUCAGUAUUUCAAUGUGUUUUUUUCCCAUUUCGAAAACAUGGUAGAGAUGUUUUCUGUGGCGGCUGUGUUUUUCUUCUUUUCUAGUUUUGUUUGGGUUUGUUGAUCAGUUCUCCAAACUCUGUAUCAGCAGACCUAGGCAAGCCGGUGGCUGACCUGAAGACCACACUUAUUUACAUACCACUAAGAAUAGAGCGUUCAAAGGAGCUAUAGGUUGCCCAUGUUUGUUAAGCUUUUUCAGAGAAGGAAACCCCCCCUUAUUCUUUAUUAAUAGAAAGACUCAGGUGCUUCCAGCUCUAAGAGGCAUAAUAAAUAUGGGUGAUUGAUUCUAAGUGGUAUGGUAGUGUAGACUUCAAAAAAUGGCUUUGUUUUUGUUCUGAAUUUCCCCCUAACAGCGAGCUUACAUCCUCUGUUGUUGCUACAGUUCUCGUGAAAAUAGAAGUGUGGAAAGCCCCAAGGCUGAUCAUGUGAUUAAUACCUCUAUAGUCAUGAAUAACCACAUUGAAUGUUUUGACAACCUGUCGUCUGUCACCUUUGUAAAUGUGUCUUCUAUUUGAUCUCAUUUUUUUCAAACUUAAAUUAAUGUUUAAAUUUGACACAGAGAAAAACACUUUUUAUUCAAACACAACCUUAAUUUAUCUCCUUUGUUUCAUUCCUUAUUUAUGAAUAAACCCUAAAGAUGAUUGAUUUUGGUUUGUCUCAAGAAUGGAGGCACGAAGGAAAGAAGAAUCCAUGUUUUGGUGCCUUAUUGACGAUUUUUCUCAGGAUCAGAACAGUAAUGAGACCCCCCCUCCCCCCUUUGAGUGUACAGGACAAGUGUUUUUCCAAAGUCUGGUAUUAAUGGAGGAGAUUCCCAAAGGGCUUAUGUCCAUUUUCAGUUGUUGAAAGAUUAAAAAGCUGUGAAAUUUAUUAAUUUUUGAUCUGAAGCACCUGUGUCUGACAGUCAAAUGCAAAAAAGAAGAAAUCUACAACAGUCAGAGAUGGAGUUUUGAAAGAAGAUUCUCAGUGUGAACAGCCUUAAAUUAAAACUUAUUACAUAACUGAUAUGGUACAUAUAUUUAUUACAUGGUAAAAAAGUGAAAUUUUUUCAAAAAUAGGUCUCAUGCCAACAAGCAAAAAAGAGCUUUUUAUAUUUUCAGAGAUUUCAUAGUCAUAAAAGAAGGCAGGAGAUGGGUAAAAUAAGAAAAGAUUGACCAUAGCAGCAUUAAUGCAGCAAGUCAGUGCUCUCUCAGGUUAUUUUAAGCAUAAAUAAGUGUCAGGCUUUGCCUUUUUUAAAAUUAAUUUUGCCUUUGUGCUUGUUUUAAACCAUUCUUUAACAACAGUCUUUUCACUGGUCAGUAUGUGAUCCGGCCUCUCCACUUUGCGUCAGGUCCUGCUCACCCUAUCAGGAUACAAACUUGCAUAACCACCAGCUCAUUAUACAUUACACACAACAUAAUACUAUACUAUGCAACCAAGUUGCUGGUAACAAUUUGACCCAAAAAUAUUUAUUCAAAGAUGAUUUUAAAAUAAUUUAUUUAUACAAUUUAAGAAGUACUCCAUGUCAGGUGUUUAAGUUAGUCAUGCAAGUGAACCAGCAUUGAUUGAUAACUUCAAACUUUUGAUACAUGAUGUUUGACAAAUCUGGAUGUUUCUGUAGACAAAGAUUAACUUGGGUGGAUAAUGAUGGGGUCUAAAUUUGGGGCUAAAUCUGUGAACAGGCAAAAUAUAUUUCUUUGUAUGUAUAUAUCUGAUCUAAUAUAUAUAUCUAUAUCUAUAUCUACUAUUUAUCUGAAACUGAAAAGUGAAACAGAACUCUGAUUUUUCUGAGCCACUUGGAUGUCUUUCUGUUUUGCAUUUUUCUCUGACUCCAAAGAGCACACUGGUAUUUUUUUUCUGUCCCCUCAAAAUAUACCUGUAAAACAUCACAAUACUCCAGAUUUUCUGAUUUGAUUGUGAAAUGCUUGCCCUUUCUCUUCUUGCUUUCCCUCAUAAUUUUCUCAUGUUCAGCCCAUACAGCAUGUUAGGAUAAUACAAGCAUUCAGUGUUUUUAAUACUCAUCCCAGAUCAGCGUUUGUUACCAUGUCGCUGUUCUUCUGUCGUUGAAGCUCUGCUGUAAUGAGACUGUAACUCAUGAUCUAGUGAAUGUUACCUUACCUUCACCAGAUGUGGCUGAGAAGGAUCCUCCUGAUCUCCUGAAUAAAAGGAAAUGUCUGGAGUAUCUGGCAGCUUUACGUCACGCCAAGUGGUUUCAGGUAAAUGCAUUGUUUCGGCUCAUCCUACCCUGUCCUACUUGUUUUGAUUGAGAUUGUUUUGACCAGCUCAGUGUGAUGUAGUCUUUUCUUUGAUUUGAAGAUUUCUGCUCUCAAAAUUUUAUUUCUUUUUGUUUGGAUUUUUAAUGCACAGACUUAAAUUCAGAUUCUGUGGACUAUUUUCCAUGAGAUAACUUUGAGGUUGAGUCCUUCUACUUGUUAUUUAGAGUAUUUUUUGUUCCUUGUUUCUGAAGGCUCGUGCUAACGGGCUGCAGUCAUGUGUCAUCAUCAUUCGGGUGCUGAGAGAUUUGUGUCAGCGGGUUCCCACAUGGGGGAAGCUUCCUGGUUGGGUAAGUGUCUUAUAUCACGUCAGUUUUCUUUCUUAUGUGUUACCUAAUGGUUACCUUAUCACCUAAGCAAGCUUUUCGCACAUCUGAUGUAAUCUGUCAACUAAUAUUUUGCAAGAAUUCCCCCCUUUUUUUUCUCAUUUUUCUAUUGGCCGGUAUUUUAAGAAACAUCACUCCUUUAGUUCUGAAUCAGAGCUGCACUGAGAAGAGAAACAAACAACUUGACCAGAUGCCCCAUCACACCAAGACUUUGAAUAGUAGAGGAUGAGCUUAAAUGCGACAGUGUUACUUUCUAUUUCACUGUGUGGUCUGUAUGUGUUUGUUCCUGCAGGCGAUGGAGCUGCUAGUGGAAAAAGUGAUCAGCAGUGCUACAGGUCCUCUGAGCCCAGGAGAAGCAAUGCGCAGAGUGCUGGAGUGUAUCUCCACAGGAAUUCUGUUGCAAGGUCAGACAAACCCACAUCUCUAUUGGGAGUGAAUAGGCAGGUUUAAAUCAGACGUCAGAGAAAUAACCUUGCAUCAAAGUUUUUCUGCCUCUGAUUAGGUAACAUUUUCACAUCACAUUAUUAACCUUUUGUUCAUCCACUCCUUCAGAUGGACCAGGGUUGAUGGACCCCUGUGAGAAAGAGCCAACAGAUGCUUUGGAGAGUAUGAUCCCUCAAGCCAGAGAGGAUAUAACAGCCAGUGCACAGGUACACAUCUGGAGCAUUUAGUUGGUGUUAGGGAUGUUUUUAUAGCUAGAAAAAGAAAGUGAAAAGAAGCACAAACUUGACCGUUAUCACACCCCUCCCCUUCAGCACCUCUGUGGGUUAAAACUGCAAUUCUUCAAAUCAAUUCCUGUCUCUCCUGUUUGGUUCCAGCACGCUCUACGGCUGCUCGCUUUCCGUCAGAUCCACAAGGUUCUGGGCAUGGAGUCUCUGCCCGCAUCUAAGGCGAGCGCCCGCAACCGCAAACGUCGACGGGACGGCAGCGAUGCCGGCGAAGGGGAAGGAGAGGGCAAAAAAGACAAGAAGGAGGAAGUGGAGAGUGCUUGACCUCCACCUCCAGAGUGGAGGCGUUUACUAGUUCAGAGACUGGUAGAAUGUCAUCUUUAAACUUUUCUUAUCUUGAAAACAAUCUUAACAUGCAGCUAUACACAUAUGGAUAUAACUGACUGUACCCGUUACAUGUCUACUGUCGGAUUAAGAAGAAUAAUGUGUCGGAGGAGGAGACUGAAAUGUGAGAAUCCGGACUGCAAUCCCUUCCCGUGUAUAGAUACUCCCUGCAGAUAAUGUUUAUAAAGUGGACAAAGAAAUUGGCUCAGUAAAAAAAAAACAUGAAAAAGACAGAAUUGCACGCUAACUACUGAACGUAUAUUUCCCGUUCUUUCAAAAUAAUCCUAUUGUUUUCUGUGGUAUUAAAGACGAGUAAAAUCAACAGCACCUUAAGCUUUCCUCCGAGCUCAUCUCCUAAAGAAGCGUCUGAACCCUGCUGCUCCUCCAGCCAAGUUCAGUUUGAAUCAAGACUCGCUGCACUACCAUUGGUGCAUGUGAUACACUGAGGUGUGUGUUUUUUUUUUAAAGUUUUGUUCAGAUGUGGGUUACAUUUCUUUAGGUUAACAAACUGCUUAAGAUCAGAGGAGACGGACUACAUUUGGGAUUGACAUACAAUAAGUACUGUGAUGUUUAUAGUGCCUAAGAUGACACAGGGAUGAUAAUAUAGUGUUAAGCUGUGAUGAACCUCACAGAGAACUCCUCCUCUUCCCCUCUACUAAUAUCUCCUGUUCAAGAGUUAAAACAUUUUCGCACCAUUUGAUUUAAAAAAAACUUGAAGUGAGUUGAAAGAGUGGAUAAUAAAAGCCUUGCAUCACAUGACUACACUAAAAUAACUUCCCCAUAGCAAACACUGUUACAUUCGUAGUGAGAAACAUUCAAGGACACUAGGCGUUGCUUUGUGAAGUAUCUCCCAUGAGGUUUUCAGUUAAAGUCACACUGGAGAGUAAAUCUGUCUCUGAAGAGAGAGAGAAAGGGUCUUAUGUUGCACAGUCUGUAGCAUGCUGAGGGAAUGAAGCACUUAAGAAAUGACAAUGUUACUGUAUGCAGCCAUAAUUUUAUCAUUCAAAUAAUAAAAAAAAAUAAUAUGCCUAGUAAUCUUUUUUCUUCCAGAAAGAGAGAGGAGCUUUAGUUCUAAAGACUGAAUAUCUACUGCUAUGAUCAAGUAGUCCUUUGACUUUCUUCCUUGUGCCUGCAUCAUGUUGUGUGUUACAAAAGACUGAGUACGAGGAGGAUUAAUGAGUGAAUAUUGUAAUGAUCUUAUUACACAAAGAUGUGGGGCAGGGAAGGGACAGUUGCACAACUCUUUUGGCUUAAAAGUGAGAGAAUUAUUGUGCAGUUUUUAGCUGGGUUUUUCAUUUAUGGAGAGCAUCAUAUUUAAGUACUGUUUAUUUUAUUUUUGAAGGAUGUUGCAAUCUGUUUUGUAUUGUUAAAAGGAACGUGUGAGUGUUGCUGUCUAGUAUUUGAAUGUCUUUGUAGUGUUGCCUAAAAUAAGAGGAAAUAUUAAAACACUUUUAAGCCAU